AUGAGGGAGUUGGACACCGAGAGCCCUGUCGUCUGGCCGGCCUGGUGUUAUACUGGUGAGGUGUCGGGCGAGAACGUGUCCGCGAGCACAGGACCACGUGGUGGCGACCGUGGAGAGGCGGCGGAUUUAGGUACGUACACGGAAAACAACGACGGGGCCACCCUGGCAGCAAACACAGCGGUCGACACCAGGGGGGGAAGCCCUCAGGGCACCCAUCUGUCCGGUGCGGCAACCCCCAGACCUCCACGUGGUAGGAGGCGACAGAACCAGAAUGGUCUCGAUACUACCCAAGUUAAAACGGAACGACUCACGCCUGACAAUAACUCGACAUCGUCGAGGAGCGUGACGCCUUCUUCGUCGAGUCACCCGGGGACGCCGCCAAAUGCUACGCCCUUGGGAGGACCUGAGGGUCCACCGCCACCUCAUCAUCUCAAGCACAUGGAACAGAUGAUGGGGCGAAACUAUAGUGAUUUCAUGAGGAGUCUCGCCGCCAAGUACAACAACGCCAACCCCAAUGAUUACUUUAGCACACCAAGAAACGGUUAUCCUCCGGGUUUAGACCCGAGGUUUCCAGCCUUCAAGGCUGCAGCGACGCCGUUCGUUGGUCUAAUGGCGCCGUUAGGGGCUCCACAACCAUCGACUGUCCCGACAACCUCACCGCUCUCCAAUAAAGAUCCGAAAGAGCAAAAGCAGGAUAGUCUCUUUGGUAGUCCCGUGUUUCCGCCUAUGAUCGAUAUGUCGUCCACCCAGGCUCUUUUGCACAUGGUACGAACUGCCAAUGCGGCGCAAAGCGCUGCAGAAUUGGAAACAUAUCUCAAAGGCGCGAACAAAAGAGACACAGGAGUGACGAGUCCCUUAGACCUUUCGAGUCCUGGUGGUUUCGCACCUCGUAAGCGACAAAGGACGGAAACAAGGAGAUCCGAAAGCGUAUCCCCUAAGCCGAAACCUACCGCGAGACCAACCACACCUCCGCCGAUCAGAUGUCCGACUCUCUAUGGCCACAUACCUUGCGGCGAUGGGCAAGCCGUAAAUCGCUGGACCAUCGAGGACGUCGUCAAUUAUGUUUCGUCAAUCGACAUAUGCGCCGAAUAUGCACAGAAUUUCCGAGAACACCGUAUAGACGGCGCAGCACUACCGCUACUCUCGGAAAGCCACCUGACAGGCACGAUGGGUAUGAAGCUCGGUCCAGCCUUGAAGCUGCGCGUGAUGUUGGCUCGGAAACUAGGUGCUUGUACGGUAUGCUUGCACUGUGCCCACUGUCACCAAACGCCGCUACCGGCGUUAAGCGCAGCAGCCGCAGCUGCAGCGGUGACGCAACAGCAGCAGCAGCAGCAACAACAGCAGCAGCAGCAACAACAACAGCCAACGCCGGGUCGGCGACCUAGUAGCACUGGGAACUGA